GCACAUGCUUGGGACCCUGAUGUGUAUAAGUAUUUUAAGGGUCAAUUUUUUUAACAAAAUGUGGUUAGUUCUAUUUGUCUUUGUCCAUUUAUUUCCUACAAAGGGUUGGGGGUUCAAUUCUUUGCCCCAUAAAUUUUAAUGCUUUUCCAUGAUAAAUAAUUGAAGGGCCCAAAAAAGCCAGGCACGACCCUGCUGAUAAUGAGCUAGAAAACCGAAAGAAGUCUCUUACAAAAGGUUCAUCUCCGCUGGCAGUGGAGGAUACAGUCAUCGUCCAGUUGAUUGAGAUGCUAGAUAUUAGUAACCACCUAGCCAAGACUUUCAGGCACGCACGCGACCGUUUUCGAGCGACCGGGGAAAUUGAAUUCAGUAUCACAUUGGUCAGCCAACCAAAUAGAGGUCGUCAAUAUGAUCUUCCUACAGCGAGUGAGAUUGGUGGACUAAUAAUUGGUGAUUUGUCUGCGACCUCGGUAGGAAGAGAUAUUGUGGUUGAGCUCAAAUCAUCUGCGCUACAAAGAAUAGGUGAUCUACACCUGUUACUGAUGAGUCUUCAGUAUCCAUCAUUGUUUCCAUAAGGAGAAACGGGUUACCAUGAGCGACUGCCAUAUGAGGGGCCUGAAGCAUCCACUGUGAGAAGAGAAUACAUGACGAUGCGAGAGUUCUAUGCUUACCAGCUACAAACUAGGCCUUCAGAAGGAAUGACAAUUAUUAAGGGUGGAUGAUUGCUGCACCAGUACAUUGUUGACGCGUACGUGGCUGUAGAGACGGAGCGUCUGCGAUUUAUUAGUCUAAAUCAGAAAAAACAGCGAACAGACCUGUAUAACAAUGUAUGUGACGCCGUUGAAACCGGCGAUGUGGAUGCUACACAAAUUGGUAAGAAGAUCAUCCUCCCUUCAUCCUUCACCGCCGGACCCCGGUACAUGUCUGAAAAGUAUCAGGACGCAAUGGCUAUAUGCCGUUGGUAUGGGAAUCCUCAUCUCUUUAUCACCGUCACCGCGAACCCUAAUUGGGUGGAACUCAGUAAUCAUCUUGAUGCGUAUGGAGGUGAUUCCGCUAAUAGCCGACCUGACCUUGAAUGUCGAAUCUUCAAAAUAAAGCUUGAUGAGAUGAUGGCAGACUUCAAAAAGGGAAAAUUCUUCCCUAAGCUAGACACAGGUAAAAAUCUUAUUAUCUAAUAUUAUUUUUCAUUAUGUUACCCACCCAUAAAAGAAUGUUAUUAUUUUAUUAUGAUUCAACUCACAUUUGCAUUAUUCAAAGUAAGUUUUAAAAUAAUACAAUUUACUAUAUUAUAAAAUACUAAGGAUUCCAAAAGUUAGUUUGAGUGCUGAGACAUCACGGAGCUAUGUAUAUAUAUAGAUAUAUAUAUAAAUAUAAUUCAACAAACAUUUUAGAUUUGUAUAACCAUAAAGUUUAAGACCACAACAUAAAGCGGAAAUAAUAGUCAAAAUAAUACAAUUUCUCAAAAAAAUUAACAGAAAAUAUAAGAAAAUAUCAAAACUAUAAAAUACUAAGAUGCUAAAUUAAAUACAUAUAAUUCGGUUUGAAAAGUUUGAAUCACUCAAACACAAUUCCAAUGGAAAUCUACAAUAAUAUAUUUUAUUCAUCACACUAUUAAUAUAUUUGAUGGAAAAUAAUAGGAGUAAAAUUCGAAUGUCAGGCAACUUCAUCUCUAUUGCUAAUUUUCCCCCAAACCUCGAUAUUUAGAUGCAUAUAGAAUUCGAUAAAUUUUUCCGUCUACGGGUUGUUAACUUUGUUAUAUCUUUGGCUACAUAUUUUGAUAGUAAUUAAUGAUAUUGGAAUGAUUUUCGAUCUAUGUUAUCAUCUAAUAUAUCUCUUUCAUCAUUAUUGUAGCUGUCUACACCAUUGAGUUUCAGAAACGAGGUCUGCCCCAUGUCCAUAUAUUACUAUGGUUGAAAGGAAUAAAGAAGGAAGUAACCGCUUCGAUGAUUGAUGAAUAUAUCUCAGCUGAGUUUCCCGAUAGAGAAGUUGAUAAAGAGGGGUUUGAACUGGUAGAGCGGCAUAUGAUUCAUGGCCCGUGUGGUAAAAUGCGACCCAAGUCGCCAUGCAUGGAAAAAGGAGAGUGUACUAAGAGUUUUCCUAAACCUUCUUCGGAUCAAACAAGAAUUGAAAAAUAUGGAUUUGUUGUUUAUAGAAGGAGAGCUGGUACUGGAGAUUUUGUAGUCAAGGGCGAUAUCGAGCUGGAUAAUCGUUUCGUUGUGCCUCAUAAUCUUAGCCUGCUGAAAAAAUACCAAGCCCACAUCAACUUUGAAUGGUGUUGCAGAACCAGCGCAAUAAAAUAUAUUUUCAAAUACAUAACGAAAGGCGUUGAUAGAGCAACUGUCCUUAUACACAAGAAUGAGCCGGACACGACUAACGAGAUCAACAACUUUCUCUAGUGUCGGUACAUAUCAGCUUGCGAAGGUUCAUGGAGAUUGUUCGCUUUUCCUAUACACUAUAACCAGCCCAAUGUUGUGAAGCUUCCCGUACAUCUACCAGGUCAGCAUGUGAUGGUGUUUGACGAAACUGCUGACUUAUCAAAGGUGGUCUACCGAGAAAAUAUUGAUAAGUCAAUGUUAACAGCGUUCUUUGAGGCAUGCGACACGUAUGAAGAAGCUAGGGAGCUGACAUAUGUUGAAUUUCCUUCAAGGUUUGUCUACCAUUCAAGCGACAGGAUAUGGACACCAAGACUGCAAGGGGAAGCUAUUGGGAGAGUCGUGUAUGUCAGUCCAGCGUCUGGUGAUAGAUACUUCUUAAGGAUGUUGCUAAAUGUUGUUAGAGGUCCUAGAGGGUAUGACGUGUUAUACACAGUAGGGGAUGUGGUGUAUAAGAAAUUCAAAGAAGCGUGCUAUGCACGAGGAUUACUUGAUGAUGAUAAAGAGUGGCAUGAAGCAAUAGAGGAGCCAUCUUCAUGGGCAAUCGGUCGGCAGCUGAGAAGGCUGUUUGUGCUUAUCUUGGUUUAUUGUCAAGUCGUAGACCCACUCAAGCUUUGGGAGCAUACUUGGAUGUUUCUAGCAUAGGACAUACUGUACAUGAAACGAAAGGAGUUUCGAUUUCCAGGUCUCGAAUUACAAGAUGAGCAGUUAAAGCAGUAUACACUGCUCGAGGUUGAAAAACACUUAAAAGAGCAUAACCAGUCUCUAGCAGACUAUGUUGAUAUGCCUCAGCCAAAGAAUUCAAUACUAUCAGAGAUAAACAACCAAGUUUUGCGGCAGGAACUGAUGUAUGACGUUGAAAAGGAGAAGGAGACACAUAGAGUAUUGUUUUCGGCGAUGAAUAUUGAUCAGCAGAAAGUAUAUGAUGCUGUUCUGAAGUCAGUAGACGAACGGUUGGGACAAUUAAUUUUUGUCUCAGGUGCAGGAGGCACAGGAAAGACAUACCUAUACAGAACUAUUAUCGCAAGGCUUAGGUCAGUUGGCAAAGUAGUUAUACCGGUUGCUACAUCUGGCAUCGCAGCACUGCUGCUCCCAGGAGGAAGGACAGCGCACUCUCGGUUGAAAUUACCUCUGAAUCUAGAUGAUCGUUCAAUGUGUGAAAUUCACAAAGGGUCAAGUUUAGCCGCAUUGAUAUCUAAGGCGGACCUAAUAAUAUGGGACGAAGCUCCGAUGGCACACCGACACGCUUUUGAAACCCUGGAUCGUUCCUUCAGAGAUUUGUUAUCGCAUGAGAAUCCAGAAGCUGGCACACAGCCCUUUGGUGGCAAGACGGUGCUUCUCGGCGGGGAUUUCCGGCAGAUUUUGCCAUUUAUUCCACAUGGAAAAAGGCCAGACACUGUUCUCGCAUCCAUUAGCAAAUCAUAUCUAUGGAAAAUGGCACGCGUAUUCACCUUAUCUAUCAACAUGCGGCUGCGGCAAGAGGACAAGGACUUCGCAAAAUGGAUACUACAAGUCGGAGAUGGGGAAGCUGACGCUUUGACGUCGAAUAAACCAAAACACGAGGAAGGGAAUCAGAUUAUUGUGGACAAAAGGUUCUUGAUCUCUCGCUCUGAGCCACCACACGAAGCUUUGGCGCAUUCUGCUUAUCCGAACUUUCUCCAUAACUACCGGGAUAAGGAUUACCUAAAAGAGAGAGCCGUGCUGACACCUACCAAUAAUACCGUACAUGAGGUGAACGCCUAUCUCCUCUCCAAGAUCCCAUCACAGGCUAGAGAGUAUUUGAGUUCUGAUUCUGUUGAGCUAGAAGCUACGCCAGACGAUGAUUGGACCACCCACUACCCGCCAGAGUACCUCAAUUCACUAGAGUUUUCGGGCCUGCCUAACCACAGAUUGUGCCUCAAAGUUGGUGCUCCGGUGAUGAUGCUGCGCAAUCUUAACCAGGAUCAAGGUUUGUGCAAUGGUACAAGAAUGGUGGUUACUCGCCCAGGUAACAGGGUUGUUAAGGCGAGAAUCAUGACUGGGACAGAUGUCAGAGAAGAAGUUUUGAUCCCUAGAAUACGACUUAGUCCCACUGAUACCAUGCAUCCCUUCACCUUUAAUCGAAGACAAUUCCCGAUCAGACUGUGCUAUGCCAUGACAAUCAACAAGGGCCAGGGCCAAAGCCUGAACCAAGUUGCUUUAUAUCUUCCUCGCCCUGUUUUUACUCAUGGGCAGUUGUACGUUGCCAUGUCUCGAGUAACAACUCCGAAUGGGCUUAAGAUUUUAGACGAGACUUCCGAUAUGGACGGUGAAGAUGGAGUUACUAAUAUUGUAUAG